ACAGCAGGAGUUCCUCUUCGUUUUCCCGCGGGUACCUAAUGUUGCAGUAGUGGGCCAGUCCAGAGCUUCACUUCCAUGGCUUCUCCUCCUUCCUAUAUCCAAACCCUCGACGACAGAUCACAUUUUAAGCCAACCGUAUCUCUCUACGAUUGGUGGCUGGUCAAAUCCGAAGACAACGACGGAAAAAGCAAACUCGCCGUCGCCGGCGUUUCUUCCGCCCCGCAAGAGAUUCCCCGGAGAGUGUUUAACUCUGCGCCCAUAAGUAAAAAACACGAUGUUUUCACUUUAGAGACAACCGAUGGAGUAACCGUUAUUCUUGAUGGGAUUAUCAACAAGCAGCAGACUAUUGCAAAUGGGUUUUCUGAUGAGAUUGCCAAGCGUUUUCAAUUGGGAUUUUAUCCAGGCUGGGAAAAAGGUGUUGCAGAGUUUUUGGCAGGAGAUUGCAACACUACUGUUGUUUCUGGAAGAAUAUCUGAUUCGGGUUCAGAAGGUGAAGGUAAAAAGGACUCCAGUCCUACAUCUGUGCAUUUUUCUCAAGAAGAAACUCGAACUCCUUAUGAGCAUGUUGGAUCAACUUAUUUUCAGUGGAAUGGUACAUCAAAGAAUCUGGAAGGCAAUCAGAGGAACCCAAUGUCCGGAUGCUCUAUGAAGCAUAGAAGUUCUAAGUUGCUUCCUUUAUCAGAUGCCUUUGAGAAUGUAGGAGAAGCGUCAGGUGUAGCUGUUCAGUCAGGAGGGAAAAUGAGCGAGGCAGAGAGAUGUCCGAGCAAUUCUGCACGCUGGGUGACCAGAUUUUUGUCAGAGUUUUGGAGCAAAUGGACGAACCAGCAAAUGGUUGGCAAUAGUUUGAACUCCGAAAAGAAGACAACGGACUCUGUUCUAACAGUAUCAAAAACUGUAAUCAAUUCUUCACAAACUGAUGAAUCUGAAGUAGGAGAGAAAGAAGAAGGUUCACAUGAGCAAGUGUCUUGUGAGGAGAUACAUGAUUCUGAAUUUUCGAAACAGUUGUCUUCAAGGCUGUCCUUGAAUAACUCAAUUAAUGACAUGGUUAACCAUGCUGUUGAGGAGGAAACAGGCACAGAUGACAUGGUUAACCAAGCUGUUGAGGAGGAAACAGGCACAGAUGACAUGGUUAACCAAGCUGUUGAGGAGGAAACAGGCACAUAUGAUUUUAUAUCAACUGCUUUGCAGUCUAUUGGUAUACCAAAGACUCUAGAAGAAAAUGAGAAGAACCCAGAAUCUGGAUGCUCAAUCAAGCAUAAUAGUACAAAUUUUAGUCCCUCAGUAGAUGUAGGUGUCGUAGUGUCAGGUGUAACUGUUCCGUUGGAGGGUGAAACUAAUCUAUCAAAAAUAAGUCCGAGAAAUCCUGGAGGCAGAGUAUUUGGAGAUUUGUCAAUAAUUACAAGAAGCAAAGGUAAGACAAAGCAAAUUGUUGGCAGUGGAUUGGACUCAGAACAAAACACAGUGGACUCUGUACCAGCAGUUGAAUCAGUGAGCAAUACUUCAGAAAAUGUGGAUUAUGAAGUUGGAGGGAGACAGAUGUUUGAAUUGUUUCUCUCUUGUUGUGAAAGGGCUGAAGGUCUAAUAAACUCCAGUCAAACUUCUGUGCAUUUUGCUCAUGAAACUCCUAACAAGAAGGUCCAUUGUGAAGAUAGGCUUGAUGUUGAAGAUCCAACACAGAUUACCCUGUCCUCAGAUAGCACCAUUGAUGACUCAAAAGUUGAUAAUUUAAUGAACCAUGCGGCUGAAGUGGAAUUGGACGCGGAGAAUAUUGGAUUAACUGAGUUUCAGUCUUUUGGGAGACCACAGACAAGAGAUGAAAGUGAGAAGAAUCCAGCAUCUGAGCCUGCGGCUGAAACUCUUGAGAUCCUAGAUGAAGCACUCGAUGUCAAUGCUCAGUCAGGUGAAAAAAGAGAUAUAUCGGUUGGAUCCUCAAGCCAGUUUGCAGGUAGAGUGUCCCUACUGUUCUCAGGAAUUAUUCAGAGAAAAGAGAAGAAGAAGCAAACAGUUGGCAAUGGACUGAACUCUGAAACAAAAACAAUCGAUUCUGUUCCAGUAGUUUCUGGUAGUGUGAGCAACCCAUUAGAAAAUGAUAGUUUUGAAACAGCAGGAAAUUGGGUGUCCCAUCCUUCAGAUUCUGAACUUCAAGAACCAGUGGAUGUGAAUGUGGUAAGGAAACUGGAUUUUGAUUUUGUAGAGGAUGAUAUGCAGCAGACUUCCAAUGCAGAAGAGGGACAGGAUUUUGGAAAUGUUAAAGCUCAAGUUAGAGAAGGAAAAAGCGGUGCUAAAGGAGAAAUUAAAUCCAGGAAGAGAAACAUGAGACAAGUAACUGUUGAUACACAAGAAAUUCAUUCCAUUCCGGAGGUGAACAAGAAAAAUAACAGAACUCCUUCCACUCUGGAGGUGAAGAAGAAAAAAGAUGGAACUCCAAAGGCAAACACAAAGAAGAGACAAGUAUCUGCUUCUUUGGAAGGGAGCAAGAUGAGAACAUCAACUCCUUCAACUCUGGAGGUGAACAAUAAAGAAAAGGUAUCUCUUUCCACUACAAAGGUAUACACAAGGAAAAGAAAGGUAUCUCCUUCCACAUCGGAUGUGAGCAAGAAAAAUAAGUCGAGUCCUUUAACUCUGGAGAUGAAUAAUAAAAAAGAGGCUACUCUUCCCUCUCCGAAGGUGACCGCGUACACGUCUCUUAUUUCUCCAGAAUCUUUGAGUGCCGGACGGUCAAGAUCAGGGAGACUACGGCUACGGCCCUUAGAGUUCUGGCGCAAUCAGUCAGCAGUUUAUGACAAGGAUCAUGGAGUCAUUGGGAUUCAAGAAGAGAUACCUAGAGUAACACCUUCAAGAGGCAGUUUUACUGAGCCGCGGAAAAGAAAAGGCAAUAGAGGUUGAUUUCUUGGCAAAGCUAUAGCUUGUUUGUUACCUCGAGUAAGUGUGGUAAUCAACGUGAGCUGAAUGCAGUAUCAGUCAGAGUUCAAAUUACCCUGACCAGCAUCACCAAUAGACUUCCACACAAUUUGCGGGCGGCAAAAGAAUUUCUAGGAUUUGUAUAUAAUGAAAGCUCAGAGCACAUAGCGCCACUCUUUAGGGGAUGUUCACAAGUUACAACAGAUGGA